AUGAACUGGGAGGCAACAGACCUACCCGAAGAAUUCCAGCUUUUCAGACAAAGAAUGGAACUGAUUCUAGCAGACCAAGACAUAACUGAUCAGAGAAAAGUGUCUAUGAAAAUCAAGAUUGCUGUUGGCAAUGAAGGCUUGCGUCGAAUCAAUGCAUCGGGGCUAUCAGAGACCGAUAAAGAAAAACCGCAAGAGCUAUGGAGACUAUUAGAGGCACAGUUAAAGGUCAAUAUCAAUUUUCGCAUACACCGCUUAGAGCUAAUGCGGUACAGGCAGAAAACAGAUGAAACGAUCGAUGAAUUCGUAACCAGGUGUAGGGACAAAGCCAAAAAUUGCGAUUUCGAGGAAGCUGAGUUAAAUGAGCGAAUCAUGGAGCCAGUGAUUGCGUCAACUCCAAGUCUCGAAUUCCAAAAGUCAUUGCUAGAUCAACCGAAAGAUAGUCCAUUCAACGUAGCACAAUUCGACACCAUACACACUAGUGGACCACACACAGUUGUAAAUCCAGAAGGUACUGUAGCAUUUGCUAACAUUGACAUAAUAUGCCCACAGAGAGUAGGUCAAUAUACGCUUUACCUAAAAGUGGACUCGGGGGCAAGUGCUAACACUAUCACAGUACGUACCGCCAAAGCAAUAUACGGUCGAAACAGGGAAUCAGUAGUGAAGCAAACAACAAUCAAACUUAUAGCUUACGGAGAGAUACCAAUUCCAUGUAAGGGUACACUAGACAUAAAGUUUAGAUACAAGAGUACAAAAUGGUCAGCACAGACAUUCUAUGUAGCAGAUGUCAAUGGUCCAGCGAUCCUAGGGAUGUUAGGUUGCACUGACCUUGGAAUUAUCACAAUUCACUCAAUGCACGACAAAACACCUACAUCCAUUCCUCAACCUAAACAAACACCUAUUACAAGUGUAAGGAAUCUCAAACAAGAAUAUCUUAAUCAGUUUGACGCUAUUGGUAGUUUCCAGGGGAAGGCAAUGCUUCAUGUCAAGGACGAUGCUAAACCUACCAUAGACGCACCCCGCAAGUGCAGCGUACACUUGAAAGACAAAAUCAAGGCGAAACUGGACAAUAUGGAGCAGCAAAGAGUCAUCAGAAAAAUCGAGUACCACACUGAUUGGUGCAGCUCCAUGACCACUGUUGUGAAGAAAGAUGGAUCCAUCAGGAUUUGUCUUGACCCCAGGAGGUUAAAUGAUGCCUUGAAGAGAUGCCCGCACAAGGUACCAACCUUGGGAGAGGUCCAACCUGUCUUCGCAGGAGCCCAGUACUUCUCUAAGUUAGACGCGAAGGCUGGUUACUUGUCGGUUCACCUAUCAGAGGAGUGCCAGGAUCUCACCACAUUCCGUACACCAUUUGGAAGGUACUGCUUCCAAAGACUAUCAUUUGGGUUAUGUACUAGUCAGGAUAUCUUCCAGCAGCGUAUGGAUAGGAUAUUCCAAAAUGUGCCAGGCUGCAUAUGCAUCGCAGAUGACAUAGCGAUCGUAGGAAGAACUGAGGAGGAACACGAUAGGAAUCUCUACUUACUCAUGGAGACGGCAAAGCAAGAAGGCUUAGUGUUCAACAGCUCCAAGUGUACUAUCAAGAAGGAAGCCAUCAACUUCUUUGGUUCCAAGAACACUAGAUCAGGUAUCUACCCAGAUCCCAGCAAGGUAGAAGCUAUCACAUCAAUGCCAUCACCCAAGGACAAGAAAGAUGUUCAGAGAAGCCUAGGAUUAUUCACAUACCUAGCAGCAUACAUUCCUAACUUCUCAGAGAAGUCAGCGCCACUUCGAGAACUUCUACAGAAGGAAGUACCAUUCAUUUGGGACGAUGAUCAUGAACAUUCCUUGAACAGCCCGAAAAGUACAGUAUCAUCAGGUGCAUGUCUACAAUUCUAUGACCCAAAGAAAGAGACAACUCUUGACGUAGAUGCAUCGAUGAAAGGGCUAGGAACAUGCCUGCUCCAGCAAGAGAGGGAAACCUUAGCCGUAGUGUUUGGUAUCAACCGCUUCCAUAAAUAUCUAUUCGGGAAGGAAUUCACCGUCAUAACACAUCACAGACCAUUGGAGAUGAUAUGGAAGAAACCUCUUAGAAGUGCACCUCCACGUCUACAGAGAUUGCUUAUUAAAGUCCAAGGAUACCGAAGUCAAGUCAAGUAUCGACCAAGAAAAGACAUGAUUAUUUCCGAUACAUUGAGCCGACUUCAUAAUCCCAAGGAAGCACGCGAUGUUCCGCUAGAUGUCAGAGUGGAAUCCAUCUGCUCUGAAGCCGAAGAUUCGCACCAGAUUGACUUGAUAUACUUUGGACAACACAAGAGAACAGAGCUUCAGAGAGAAACAGCUAAUGACCAUGUUCUCAGAUCACUAUGGCAAAUAGUCACUCAGGGAUGGCCUGAGACCAUCCAAGAAUUGCCGACAUCCCUUCGUCAAUUUUGGUCUUACAGAGAUGAAAUCGGAGUAUCACACGGAGUACUCUUCAAGGGAAGUCAAGUCAUCAUACUGAAGACACUAAGGAAUGACAUCCUUAGACAGCUUCACCUAGGACACAUGGGAAUCGUGAGACAGUGUUCUGGCCAAAAAUCAACAAGGACAUUGAUCAGUUGA